CAGCCAUCUAAGUCUACAGCCUUGACGCCUAAGUUUUCUUGGGUUCUUUCCUGAUGAAGAAAUUGGUGGCCUUGUUAACCGACCCCCAUAUACCAUUCAUUAGGUGUCAAGGCCCCAAGUUUGAACAACUUUACCUCAAAAGCUCUUACCACAGAAAACUGUUAAGAAAGUAGGAGAAGUGGUUCACCAAAUCAAACUUCUUUCCUUUUGUCCAUUUCUUCCUUCCAUUCCCUACAAAAACAGAACAAUUCUGCUCUGAAACUUCACAAAUCAAACUUUCUACCUUCUGAGUUCUCAUCAAGUUGUUAACUGAAGCAAUUGUGUAAUAGUACUCCAUAGAAGAAUGGCACAGGGAAAGAUGGUGAUGACUCUGCUUGCUGUUAUCGUUGCCGUUCACUGGGCAGGAGCAGCGGCACAGUCGGACUGUACGAAUGUGCUGAUCAGCUUGUCACCGUGCCUGAAUUACAUUACAGGGAACUCUUCUACCCCAUCACAAGGAUGCUGCACACAGCUUGCAACCGUUGUCCGCUCACAACCACAGUGCUUGUGCCAGGUCCUGAAUGGUGGUGGUUCCUCGCUUGGGGUCAACAUCAACCAAACCCAGGCUCUGGCUCUGCCCCAGGCUUGCAAUGUUCAGACUCCUUCCAUCAGCAGCUGCAAUGUUGCUUCUCCCACCGGCUCUCCAGCAGGAUCACCGGAAUCUUCAAACAAUGUUCCUUCAGGAACUGGAUCUAAGACUGUUCCAUCACCAGACAACAACUCAUCAGACGGAAGCUCCAUCCAUUUGUCAAAACCUCUACUAUUCUCCAUCUUGUUGGCUUCUACAUAUGCUUCAGCUUUCAAGUUGUACUGAUCUUCUUAUCAGUUGCCUAUCUUUAAUAAGUAUAGUUCAUGGUUGGUCAUUUAUUGCGUUCAGAUUCUUUUGGAGUGUCCUCCCUUUGGUUGAAGGUGUUUUCUAUCUUUAUAUUCUCCUCAUGGCAUUUGUUUCCAAGAACUUUGUAUUACAUCAGAGAUUCUUUUGAAUAAAAUACAUGAUUCUGUGUUUGUGAGUUCUAAAA